GCUUCCGGCGCCGGCCGGCCCAUUAUGGCGGCGCCCAACGAGGCGCAGGAGCGCCGGCCUUUCGGGAGGCGGCUCCUCACCGACCCUGCCCGGCUUUUCCAGCACAAUGCCUGGGAUAAUGUGGAAUGGUCAGAAGAGCAGGAAGCCAGUGCCAGGAGUAAAGUUCGAGAGAACAGCUCACAACUGUUGCCACAAGAUAAACAAGAGGAAUAUGAGGUGAAUGCUAAGAAAUACUGGGAUGACUUCUAUAAAAUCCACGAAAAUGGCUUCUUCAAGGACAGGCACUGGCUGUUCACUGAAUUUCCUGAGCUGGCAUCUAACAGGAACUCAAGCAAAGACAAAGAUUCUGUGCAUGGAUUUAGUAACACGGAAGAAUCGAACAAUAAAGGGCUGGGAAGCUGUGAAAAUGGCCAUUACUCAUUGGAAGCCAGGACAGAGAGUCAGUUAAACCUGGUAAAAAGCCCACCUGUGGGCCACACAGAGGAGCUGGCUGCACAGAAAGACGGUGAGCUGAGUCAGAGUGAUGAGGAUUACCCAGGAUCAGCUGCAUCUUACCGUAUAUUAGAGGUUGGCUGUGGGGCUGGGAAUACAGUCUUCCCAAUUUUACAAACCAACAAUGACCCAGGCCUGUUUGUUUAUUGCUGUGAUUUUUCUACAACAGCUGUGGAUCUUGUCCAGAACAAUGCAGAGUAUGAUACUUCUCGCUGCUUUGCAUUUGUCCAUGACCUGUGCAAUGACCAAAGUCCUUUCCCAAUGCCAGAGGAGAGUCUCGACAUUGUUAUUCUUAUCUUUGUCCUCUCAGCAAUUCUCCCAGAGAAGAUGCAGUGCAUUGUGACCAGACUGAGUCGCCUUCUGAAACCAGGGGGAAUGAUCUUGUUACGAGAUUACGGACGUCAUGAUCUCGCCCAACUUCGGUUUAAGAAAGGUCAAUGUUUGUCUGAUAACUUCUAUGUGAGAGGUGAUGGCACCAGGGUCUACUUCUUCACACAAGAUGAAUUAGAUCAUCUGUUCACCACAGCUGGGCUGGAGAAAAUCCAGAAUCUGGUUGAUCGGCGAUUGCAAGUGAACCGUGGGAAACAGAUGACGAUGUAUCGGGUGUGGAUCCAGUGCAAGUACUGCAAACCCACCGCCCUUCAGCCAUGAGGCACGUGGACUUUGGGCUGGAGCCUCUUUGUCUCCUUCUGGUGACGUGUGUGAUGCAGUUCUGCACACCCAGGACCUCAGUGCCUUGUUCCAUGCCUGGCAUCACUUCGAAUGAGUUUUGCUAAGGACAAAUGCCCUGAGAGUAGAACAAGCUGUAUUUUAGAUGUCAUAGAAUCACAGAAUAUACUGAGUUGGGAAGGACACAUGAAGAUCGAGUCCAACUCCUGGGCCCUGCACAGGACAUCCCAACAAUCCCAACCCAUGCCCAAGAGCGUUGUCCAAACCUCCUUGAAUUCUGGAAGCCUUGGGGCCAUGACCAUUCCCGAGGAAUUUGUUCAGUACCCAUCCACCCUUCGUGGGAAGAACCUUUCCCUGCAGCCUAACACUCCCUGGACACAGCUCCAGCCAUUUUUUAGAGUCCUAUCCCUGGUCAGGAGAGUGAAGAGAUUGGUUCCUGCCCCGCUGCUAUUCUCCAGGAGGAUGUUGAAGAUCCCAGUGAGGUCUGACCUCAGUCUUCUCCAGCUGAGCAGACCAAAUGCCCUCAGCCGCUCCUCAUACAGCUUCUCCUCAAGGCCCUUCACCAUUCUGAUGGCCCUUCUCUAGAAGCUUAAUGUCUUUUUUGUAUUGUGGUGCCCAAAACUGACCCCAGCACUUGAGGUGAGGCUGCCCCAAAGCAGAGCAGGACAAUCCCCUGCCUGACCAGGAAUACUUUACCUAAUUGCCCCCAGAACACAGAUGUCCCUCCUGGCUGCCAGGGCACUGCUGACUCAUGUUCAACUUGCCAUGGACCAGGACUCUGAGUCCCUUCCUGCAGCUGUUCUCCAGCCUCAUUCCCCAGUCCAUCCACACGUCCAGGGCUGUCCCUUCCCAUGUGCAGAAUCCAGCACUCUCUCUUCUUGAACUUCCCAUGACUGGUGAUUGCCCAUUUCUCUGAUUUGUCAAGGUCUCUCUGCAGGCCCUCUCUGCCCCCGAGAGACUCGACAGCUCCUCCCAGUUUAGUGCAGACAGCAAACUUACUUAGUAUUCCUUCAAGUCCUACAUUCAUGUUGUUAAUGUGGAUGUUGAAGAGCACAGGCUUGAGAAGGGAGCCCUGUGAAUGUCAUGCUACUGGUCUGAGUUUUAAAAAUUAUUUAUGGUUUUAACCUAAGAGAUGGUCAUGGUGUCUUACAGCAGGUGAGCAAGUUGAGUAGCGAUUUGUUCGUACUAUGGAUUUCCACGUGAAGCAGGAGAGCUUUGACCUUAUCUCUGUUUUGUGUACUCUUGUCUUGGGAACAAACAUAGGAAGGAUAAAUCUGCUCUUCUCUG